AUGGAGGUUGCAAUGGUGAGUGCAGAGAGCUCAGGGUGCAACAGUCACAUGCCUUAUGGUUAUGCAGCCCAGGCCCGGGCCCGGGAGCGGGAGAGGCUUGCUCACUCCAGGGCUGCUGCGGCAGCUGCUGUUGCAGCGGCCACGGCUGCUGUCGAAGGCAGUGGGGGUUCUGGCGGGGGCUCCCACCACCACCAUCAUUCACGUGGGGCCUGCACCUGCCACGACCCUCAGAGCAGCCGCGGUAGUCGCAAGAGGAGGCGACCGCGGCCUGAGAAGAAGAAAGCUCACCACCGGCAGAGCAGCUUUCCUCACUGCUCCGACCUGAUGCCCAGUGGUUCUGAGGAGAAGAUCCUGAGGGAGCUGAGUGAGGAAGAGGAAGAGGAGGACGAGGAAGAGGAGGACGAGGAAGAGGAGGGGCGGUUUUACUACAGUGAGGACGACCCUGGUGAUGAAUGUUCCUACACCGACCUGCUGCCUCAGGAUGAUGGGGGAGGCGGUGGCUACAGCUCAGUCCGCUACAGUGACUGUUGUGAGCGCGUGGUGAUCAAUGUGUCAGGCCUACGCUUUGAGACCCAGAUGAAAACUCUGGCUCAGUUUCCAGAGACUUUGUUGGGGGACCCUGAGAAGAGGACUCAGUACUUUGACCCUUUGCGCAACGAGUAUUUUUUUGACAGGAACCGGCCCAGCUUUGAUGCCAUCUUAUAUUAUUAUCAAUCAGGAGGCCGCCUGAAGAGGCCGGUCAAUGUCCCCUUUGAUAUCUUCACUGAGGAGGUGAAGUUCUACCAGCUGGGAGAGGAGGCCCUGCUCAAGUUUCGGGAGGAUGAGGGCUUCGUGAGAGAGGAGGAGGACAGGGCCCUGCCAGAGAAUGAAUUCAAGAAGCAGAUUUGGCUUCUCUUUGAAUAUCCAGAGAGCUCCAGUCCUGCAAGGGGCAUAGCCAUCGUGUCCGUCCUAGUCAUCUUAAUCUCCAUUGUCAUCUUUUGCCUGGAAACCUUGCCCGAGUUCAGGGACGACAGGGAUCUGGUCAUGGCACUCAGUGCUGGUGGGCACAGUGGGUUGUUGAACGACACCUCGGCACCUCACCCGGAGAACUCAGGGCACACGAUAUUCAACGACCCCUUCUUCAUUGUGGAGACGGUGUGUAUUGUGUGGUUUUCCUUUGAGUUCGUGGUUCGCUGCUUUGCUUGUCCCAGCCAAGCGCUCUUCUUCAAGAACAUCAUGAACAUCAUCGACAUUGUCUCCAUUUUGCCUUACUUCAUCACACUGGGCACCGACCUGGCCCAGCAGCAGGGGGGUGGCAACGGUCAGCAGCAGCAGGCCAUGUCCUUUGCCAUCCUCAGGAUCAUUCGUCUGGUCCGAGUAUUCCGGAUCUUCAAACUCUCCAGGCACUCCAAAGGCCUGCAGAUCCUAGGCCACACCCUCAGAGCCAGCAUGCGGGAGCUGGGCCUUCUGAUCUUCUUCCUCUUCAUUGGGGUCAUCCUCUUUUCCAGCGCUGUGUAUUUCGCAGAGGCGGAUGAACCUACCACUCACUUCCAAAGCAUCCCAGAUGCGUUUUGGUGGGCUGUGGUGACCAUGACAACUGUGGGCUAUGGGGACAUGAAGCCCAUCACCGUGGGGGGCAAGAUCGUGGGGUCCCUGUGUGCCAUUGCGGGUGUCUUAACCAUUGCUUUGCCAGUGCCAGUGAUUGUCUCUAACUUUAACUAUUUCUACCACAGAGAGACUGAAAAUGAGGAACAGACACAGCUGACACAGAAUGCAGUCAGUUGCCCAUACCUCCCUUCUAAUUUGCUCAAGAAAUUUCGGAGCUCUACUUCUUCUUCCCUGGGGGACAAGUCAGAGUAUCUAGAGAUGGAAGAAGGAGUUAAGGAAUCUCUGUGUGCAAAGGAGGAUAAGUGUCAGGGAAAGGGGGAUGACAGUGAGACAGAUAAAAACAACUGUUCUAACGCGAAGGCCGUGGAGACAGAUGUGUGA